AUGACUACGACGACUGCCUUUCCACGUAUGCUAUCUCUAAAACGAAACCCUCACCCUGCAGCAGCCGUCCGCGUUCGAUUUACAUCCUCCAAUAUUUCUUUCUCUUUCCUUCGCACGGCUCAGUUCUCCACUUCGAUCCCUCGCGCUACCCACCGCGCCAUCGUCUUUACGCAAUCUGGCGCACCCUCGUCCGUCGUCUAUGCCCUUUCCUACCCCUCACUCCCGCCUCCACCUGCCGGGCAUAUCAACGUCCGCAUACGAGCUGCACCCAUAAACCCAUCCGACAUCAAUGUCAUUGAAGGUGUGUACCCGUCCAAGCCCGUCCCCACACGCACCCUUGGCCACGGAGAUUCGAUACUCAGUCUCCCGGAACCUGUAUUUGUUCCGGGAAAUGAGGGUCUCGCAGAAGUGACAAAGGUAGGAGAGUGUGUGGAAGGCUUGAACGAAGGUGACUGGGUCGUCAUGGCCAAGCCUCAAGCCGGGACAUGGUCUUCUGCGAGGCUUCUCAAGGCGGAGGAAGUCGUUCGGAUUGACAAGAGGGCCAUAAGUGAGCCUAGCGCUUCCAUGCUCACGGUUAAUCCACCGACUGCUUACUGUUUGCUGCGCGAUUUCAUUGACCUUCAAGAAGGUGACUGGGUAGUCCAGAAUGGCGCGAAUAGUGCUGUUGGCCAGGCAGUGAUCCAGAUUGCGGCUCGCGAGAAGCUCAAGACAAUCAAUUUUGUUCGUAACAGACCGACACUUGACGUACUGAGAGAACAGCUUAUCGCGCUCGGGGCCUCACACGUCUUCACAUAUGAUGAUCUCCAGGACCGCGCGUUUAUUAAAAUGGUGAAGGAGCUCACAGGGUCCAAGCCGCCGCGCCUCCUCCUAAAUUGUGUAUCUGGCCCAUCAACUGCUCAAAUGACGCGACUACUGGGCAUGGAUGCCCGCCUAGUAUCGUACGGUGCCAUGUCGAAGCAGCCGCUGAGUGUACCGACAGGACAGAUGAUCUUCCGAGGGCUCCGUGCUGAGGGUUUUUGGAUGAGCCGCUGGUUCGCGACGCACCCACGCGAAGAACGCGAGCGAGUGCUCGCGGAAAUUAUCGAGAUGCAGCUUCAAGAGCCAGACCAUAAGAUUGUGACCAUAGAGGGACGGCUAAGUGAUGAGGAGGCGGGAGACAAAGUAAGGAGCAUCUUGAGAGAGAUUACCGAUGGAAUACUUGGGAAGAAGGUAAUUCUCCAAGUUGAGGACCCCCUAAGAUGA